AUGAGCGCAUCCUUUCCCUGGGCACCCGAAACUGCCGGAAAAAGGCUUGAAACCGCACUUGAGCGUGCCGCCGGGGAUGAUGCGGCAAAAUCUGUUUUUCUGAAGCUUCUGCCGGACCGUGCAAGAAAGCAGGUCACCCAGGCAGGCAAAACGGAUCACCCGCUGGCAGGAGCGCUCAUCAGCGUGAAAGCGUUGUUCGAUGUUGAAAACGAAACGACGACGAGCGCGACCAGGGUUCUGGUUGAAGAUCCGCCGGCGACGUCGGACGCACCGGCCAUCGCGCGUCUGGCUGCCGCGGGGGGUAUCUUUGUCGGGCUCACCAACAUGUCCGAAUUCGCCUAUUCGGGCAUGGGGCUCAACCCGCACUACGGUACACCCCGGAAUCCGGCCUAUCCCGGCUGCGCCCCUGGAGGAUCGACAAGCGGCGGUGCCGUUUCCGUUGCCCUCGGCCUGUGCGACAUCGCGAUCGGCAGCGACACCGGCGGUUCGCUGCGGAUACCCGCGGCAUUUACGGGCAUUACGGGCUUCAAGCCAACGCAGGGUUCGGUGUCCAUGGAAGGCGGCAAACCGCUGUCCGACAGCCUCGACAGUUUCGGACCGAUGGCAAGAACCGUGGCAGAAUGCGAACUGGCAUGGCAGGUGAUGUCGGGGACACCCGCUUUGCCUGCUCCCACCGCACCUCGAAGACUUGUCGUCCCGCUCAAUUUCGGCCUAUCGGAAGCAGAUACAGAGGUGAUUACAGGCUUCAAUGCGGUUGUACGGAACCUUCGGAGCGCCGGGUUGGAGAUCGUGGAAAAGGAACUUGCCUCGAUUGCACAAUACGAAAGUGUUCCACCCUGGCAUAUGACAUCGGUGGAAUCGCGCGCGCAUUACGAACCCCACUUCCAGGCUUCACCUGAUCAGUUUGACCGCCGCGUUCAUGCCCGCAUGGCGCUCGCCGACAAGCUGUCUGCCAUUGAGUACCGCGGGACCUUGAAUCGGCGGGCCGAAUUCAUCGCUUCAUUCCGCAAAGAGCUUGGCAACGACAUGCUUCUCAUGCCGACAACGCCCAAGCUGCCUCCAAGGAUCGAGGAUCUCGAGGAUGAUGAGGAAUUCAAUCGCCUCAACCUUCUGGCACUUCGAAAUCCCUCGCUCGCCAAUGUCGCCGAUGCCUGUUCCAUUGCCCUGCCCUACCAGCACGACGGCAAGACCUUGAGUGCGAUGCUGGUCGCUGGCGGCGAGCGCGACGAAGACCUGCUGGCUUGCGCGAAGGCAGUCGAGGCAGUCCUGUAA